CCGGGUGGAUGCUUUCUGCCUGCAGCCGGCCUCUAACUGUUCACAGCUGUCUGGAACAGCUAGCCGGCCGCCCCGCCGAGAACACUGAAAAUCUCCCCCAGCACUUUCGGAGGGGCACCCUGACGGUGCUGAAGAAGAAGUGGGAGCACCCAGCGCUGGCCGCCCAGUCCCACCCGGAGACGCAGCGGAGCGGCGGCGCCCAGAGCAGGACCCGAGCGCACCCUCCUCCCGCCCCGGCGGCCAGCAAGCCCGCGCCUGCCGCGGCCGCGGACCCCGGGGAAGGCGGCCGCAGCCCAGCCAGCUCCGGCUCAGCCCCCGACGCCCCCGCGCAGGGCCGGCACCCCCGCCACGAGCCCCGGGAGGAUCUUCACGACCGUGAAAAGAUGGAAAGUUGUCUGGGAGAGCCCAGGCAUGAAGUCGGGAAACCCGAAGGCGGUGAGCACCCAGAUCCGACCGGCAAAAUAGAGAAGUACAACGUCCCGCUGAACAGGCUGAAGAUGAUGUUCGAGAAAGGCGAACCCACGCCGACCAAGAUUCUUCAAACCCAGAGUCGAAGUGCAGGUGGAAGGAAGAUCUCUGAUAACAGCUAUUCUCUGGAUGACUUGGAAAUAGGCCCAGGUCACUUGUCAUCAUCUGCUGUCAACUCGGAGAAAAGUGAGCCGAGGCGGAAUCUGGAGCUCCCCCGCCUGUCAGAGACCUCCAUAAAGGACCGGAUGGCCAAGUACCAGGCAGCUGUGUCCAAACAAAGCAGCUCAACCAACUAUUCCAAUGACUUGCGAGCCAACGGUGGUGAAGUUAGAGCUCCUAAACUGGAACACAAAGAGAAUGUGCCCCCGGCCUCUGAGGUCGGCAUCUCCCCUCAAGACGGAGGAAAGGUUUCUGCAACCGAGAAUAGCCUGGCAUUCUGUUCCUCCCCUGCCGAAGACGAGCCCGGUACCUUCCAGGUGAAGAGCGAGAUCCAGCAGCCUGCCCAUCCCAAGCAACUAAGUUCAGAUGCCAGAGCGUCCAGCCUUUCUGAAAAUUCUCCACCCAAAGCUGCCAAGAAGUUUCAGGCUCCCGUGAGAGAGACCUGUGUGGAAUGCCAGAAGACAGUGUACCCGAUGGAGCGUCUCUUGGCCAACAAGCAGGUGUUUCACAUCACCUGCUUCCGCUGCACCUAUUGUAACAGCAAACUUAGUCUAGGGACUUACGCAUCUUUACAUGGAAGAAUCUAUUGCAAGCCUCACUUCAAUCAGCUCUUUAAGUCUAAAGGCAACUAUGAUGAAGGCUUUGGGCACAGACCCCACAAGGAUCUGUGGGCGACCAGAAACGACGGUGAAGAGACUUUGGAGAGGCCAGCCCCGCUUCCUCACGCAGGAGAGACCCCUCCGAGCCCAGGAGUGGAAGACGCCCCCAUUGCUAAGGUGGGGGUGCUGGCUGCGAGCAUGGAAGCCCAGGGUUCCUCCCAGCCGGAGAAGGAAGACAAGCCCGCGGAAACCAAGAAGCUUCGGAUUGCCUGGCCACCCCCAAGUGAACUUGGCAGUUCGGGCAGUGUUUUGGAGGAAGGGCUCAAAGUAUUCAAGCCCAAAUGGCCUCCCGAGGAUGAGAACAGCAAGCCAGAAGCUCUUGAAGAUGUGGACCUGGACCUGAAGAAGCUCCGGCGGUCUUCCUCGCUGAAGGAAAGAAGCCGCCCGUUCACCGUGGCAGCUUCCUUUCGAUCCACUUCCGUCAGGAGCCCCAAAGCCUUGUCCCCUCCCCUCAGGAAAGGCUGGAGCAUGGGGGAGCAAAGCGAGGAGUUUGCAGGUGGAACAGCGGCAGACCGGAAACCCAUGGAGAACGUCAAGGCCGCGGAGAAGAACGGGGCUGUCGACAAAGCCACCUGGCAAAGCAAGGAGACUGGGAGAAGAGAGGAAGAGGGGAGCGGUCAGGAAGUCCCCGGUUUUGAGCUGGGGAGUGAGAACCCUGUAGAAAAUGGCUCAAACUUAGAUGAAGAUGGUGGUGGAUUCCCCACACAGCAGUCUCCAGAAGAACCCAGGUCUCCAAAUUGGUCCAACUUUGUAGACAACACCUCCCCCAAAGAAUACUCCACCCGGAAUCCGAGAUCCCAGGACGUGGGCUUCUGGGAGGCGGAGGUCGUGGAAGAGUUGUCUGUGGAAGAGCAGAUAAAAAGAAACCGGUACUAUGAUGAGGAAGAGGAUGAGGAGUGAUCGGUUACGAAGGUGCUGGGCCUUAAGUUGGUGUUAGUGUUAGUGAGCCUCUGCCCUUUAUCAAAGUGAUGCACGUGCGGAAACGGGAUCUUCGUGUGAACUGUCAUCUAGGUGGAAGUAACUUUGGAAAAAGGAGUCCCGCUUCAACAACAAACAACAAAAAAUCCCUUGCCACCGCUUAAAAUGAAUCAGUUUUAAAGACAAUAUUGCUUAACCCCUCUCUUUCCACAGUGAUGGUAUCCAGACAGGGCUUCAAGGUUUUAUACAUGCAAGAGAGAGAGAGGGGAUGUGCCUAGCAGUACAGUCUGGAAUCCACUGUGCUCCCAAGAAGACAUCUGAGAGUAGAUAAUAAUCUGAGAUGGGUAAUAGUCCACUGUCACACUACAGAUACGAUUGUGGAAUUAGGGAACCUGCAGAAAGAAUUUCAGGGCCUAAAGAAGAUGACGGAAUGCACUUUAGUAUAAAGGGCACAGUUUGUAAAUUUUUUAAUAAUACCAAUUUAAUUGCUUAGUAUUCGUUUCCUAAGAGAUCAAAUAUUUAGUCUUCUUUUAAACUUUUAGAUUAACUUUUUCAUACUCGGCUAAGUAAAAUGAGAAUUUACUGCUUUGCAUCCUGUGCUCUGCUCCCCACCCUGAACUGGUUAACUAAGGUAUGCAUAACACAGCCAUCUUCAGAACUGCUUCUGAAGACAUUGAAGAACCAAUCCCACAUGCUUUGGUGCUUGGAAAGACCCACUGCCUCCCAAAUAAGCCAUGGUAUUUGCCAACUUGACCGAAGCCCGAGUGAUUGUGUCCUCCCCGGUGGUCUCCUGCCUCAUAGCUUACUGAAAGCUGCAAUAUUCUUGUCAGAGCCUCUGGAUUGCUGUUUACCACACUGCUUGUUAGAGCCAAGUGAGGAGUUUAGCAGAGGAUUGCAAAAAGAACUGCCUUCAACCGCGGGACUCAGACCCCACCCCCACCCCAAAGCGCUUAUUCCACUUCUCUCGUCCCUAUUAGAGACACGUUGUUGUUUUUUUAAAGACUUACCAAAUCUGAAAUUGAUUGACUUUAUGGUAGACAGUAUUUCCAGGGUGCAGUCAAACCAACUAUCGGCCUUUUUCUUGGAUGCUUUUCUAGUAUUUAGACUUUGAAACACUGUAAACAGGAGCACAUUUAUUGUACAUAAUCAAUACUCCAAAUCGUAUGUGUGGCGGAGAGAGGUGGUGUUUCAAGUUCUAGGUUUUUCUUUGUUCUGCAUUUACAGAGAUUUAGCGCUAAUAUUUUUUAGAGAUGUAAAUUAUUCUGCUUUCUUAUGGUCUUGCUUAGUCUGAAACAUUUUUAUUCAAUAAAGCUUUUAAUUUACGUUUGAA